GAGAGGUGAGGUUGGUACAAGCGCUGGGCUUGACUCAGCAGUAGCCGCGCGCGGCCCCUUUAAACGACGAGCCCUGCCAAGCGUGCUGAGUGUGAGCGGCGGCGGCGGCGGCGGCGUCUCCCUCCCCUUCCCUCGCUUACUCCCCGCUCCAUUGCAGUGACAGUCAGUCCCCCUCCGCCCCCCUCCCCCUGUGCCUGCCUUCCAAUCCGCGCCCGACGCCGCCUGCCAGCCAGUCCCGGGGAGGGAAGUGAACGCGCGCGUCUCUGCUGCACCCAGCAAUUUUGCAGCCAGCCUGGGGAGCGAGAGAGGCAGACGAAAGCUGCUGCUGCUGCUAUUGCAAAGUGUGCCCCUUCCCACCACCCAUCUUCCCCCUCCCCGUGACAGCACAAAAUUUAAAGAGUCGGGGAGAAGAAAAUAAUAAAUAAAUCAGACAAGAAGUAGGGAUAAAACAAUGGAGGUGCCUCGCCUGGAUCACCAUAUGAGCAGCCCGACCAGCCCCUGCGAGGAUGUCAUCAAGAACCUCAGCUUGGAGGCGAUUCAGCUCUGCGAUAGGGACGGAAAUAAAUCGCAAGAUAGUGGGAUUGCAGAGAUGGAGGAGCUUCCUGUUCCACACAACAUCAAAAUCAGCAACAUCACCUGUGAUUCCUUCAAGAUUUCAUGGGACAUGGAUUCCAAAUCCAAGGAACGCAUCACUCACUACUUCAUUGACCUAAACAAAAAAGAGAACAAGAAUUCCAACAAAUUUAAACACAAGGAUGUACCCACAAAACUGGUGGCAAAAGCUGUUCCCCUGCCUAUGACUGUCCGUGGACAUUGGUUCCUGAGCCCAAGAACUGAGUACACAGUAGCUGUACAAACUGCAUCAAAGCAAGUUGAUGGUGAUUACAUGGUUUCAGAAUGGAGUGAAAUCAUAGAGUUUUGUACAGCAGAUUAUUCAAAGGUUCACUUAACACAACUUUUGGAAAAAGCAGAAGUGAUUGCAGGACGUAUGCUUAAAUUUUCAGUCUUUUAUCGGAACCAGCACAAAGAAUACUUCGAUUAUAUCAGAGAGCAGCAUGGAAAUGCUCUGCAGCCUUCUGUCAAGGAUAACAGUGGGAGCCACGGCUCUCCAAUCAGCGGGAAGUUGGAGGGUAUCUUCUUUAGCUGCAGUACUGAAUUUAACACUGGGAAGCCCCCGCAAGAUUCUCCUUAUGGAAGAUACAGGUUUGAGAUUGCAGCAGAAAAACUUUUCAACCCAAAUACUAACUUGUACUUUGGGGACUUCUACUGCAUGUACACAGCCUACCACUACGUCAUCCUCGUCGUUGCACCCGCGGGGUCGCCGGGAGAUGAAUUCUGUAAGCAGCGCCUCCCUCAGCUGAACUUGCAGGAUAACAAAUUUCUGACCUGCACCGAAGAAGAUGGGGUCAUGGUUUACCACCAUGCACAGGAUGUAAUCUUGGAAGUGAUUUACACUGACCCUGUAGAUCUCUCCCUUGGCACAGUUGCAGAAAUUACUGGCCAUCAGCUAAUGAGCUUGUCGACCGCCAAUGCUAAGAAAGAUCCCAGCUGCAAGACCUGCAACAUCAGUGUUGGACGUUAAUUUCAGUCUCUCCCCUCUUCCUUAGGAGUCUUCUCUGUUGCCUAUUCCCAUUGUCAGCCGUUCUCAUCAGACGCAUGCAUAAUGCCGUUCUUACCAAAAGCAAACACACCAGUGAUUGAAUUCUCCAAUAGUAUUCUUGGGGCAGGACUGCACAUUAGAGGCAACACGGAGCCGCUGCUGAAAACAGCAUCCCAUGUCAAGCUUGAGCCACCUCCCCUGUAAUGUUUAGGCAUGCUCUCCCAUGUUGAGAUCUCUUUCCCUUUGUGCAUUUCCCUGGUUGAUGGGGGCAGAGAAGAAAACCCACAACCCGGGGACCUCGCAAUGCAGAUGGGUGUGCCCAAAUGCUAUGGGGGAGAGAAAGGAACCGCUUAGCAUGGGGCUGCUGUUAUCAGUGGCAGCAGCUCCAUAUCCAGUGUAGCACGUCGUUCUGCCCCUUAGUAUUUCUUCCCACCUUCCUUUCCUUCUGGUCCACCAGUGCUUUCAACAGCUCUUGGGUUUUUCUUUCUAGCAACCAUUUAUAUAUCUAGAUGCUGCAAUUGGUGUUUUACAUUUUCUUCCUUUUUUCCUUUCUCUUUCUCCAUAUUGCCAAAUGUAACAAAACUAUAUAAACAGCUUUAGCAAAAUAAAAACUACUGGCUUCUAAAUGGUGUUUAAAUAUGUAUUCAUUUUAAUCUACUGAACAACUUAACUGGGAUUAUCUCCAAACAGCAUGAAAGGUUGUAAUUGCAGCAUGAUUUAACUCUCGCAGCCUAGAAAAAUGUCAGCACUUCCAAUGUGUUGUUUGACAGUGUUAUUUAUGUUAUUUAUAUUAGCUAACAAAAAAAACUGUGUUUCAACAUAAUAGAAAAAUAUUUUAUUUGUACUGUUGUAUAAAAUAUUAUACAAUCAUAUAGAAUAUAUAGAUUACAUUUUAAUAGCAACUGUAUACAUAUGUCAUGAAACCAUUUUUCCCUUAUCAAAGAUGUAGUUUGUAAACUUCAAAUACUUGUGUAUCUGUUCCUGUUGCUCUUACAUGACUUUUAAUUAAAACAGAUUUAUGAAGACCA